CCACCGGCCGCCACCCACCCUCCCACCGGGGACCUUAAGAGCGGCUAGAGCAGAGCAGAGCAGAGCAGAGGGAGCUUGGAGCUGGGACACCACCGCGCUGAGCAGAGCCAGAAGAAGAACUGAAGGGAAGCUGAGGACACCCUGAGGAGGAUGAGGCAAGCACUCUUGUGUGUGCUGAUGCUUUGCGGGGCUGUCUCCGCCCUGCCCGGCCAGAAAACCCACAUCCGGUUCAGAAGAGGUGCUAGGUCCUACAGAGGGACCUGCAGGGAUGAGAAGACGCAGACGACUUACCAGCAGAAUGAGUCAUGGCUGCGCCCCCAACUCAGAGCCAACCGCGUGGAAUUCUGCUGGUGUAAAGGAGGCAGACCACAGUGCCACUCGGUGCCUGUCAAGAGCUGCAGCGAACCCAGGUGUUUCAAUGGAGGGACUUGCCGACAGGCCCUUUAUUUCUCAGACUUCGUCUGCCAGUGCCCUGAAGGGUUUAUGGGGAAACGCUGUGAAAUAGAUUCCAGAGUCACCUGCUACAAGGACCAGGGAAUCUCCUACAGGGGCACGUGGAGCACAGCACAGAGUGGGGCUGAGUGUGUCAACUGGAACAGCAGCGUGCUGACUCUGAAGCUCUACAAUGCUCGGAGGCCAGAUGCCAUCUGGUUGGGCCUUGGGAACCACAACUACUGCAGAAACCCAGACGAAGACUCGAAGCCCUGGUGUUAUGUCUUCAAGGCAGGAAAGUAUACUCCGGAGUUCUGCAGCACGCCAGCCUGCUCUAAGGGAAAGAAUGAGAACUGCUACGUUGGGAAUGGGUCAACAUACCGUGGCACCCACAGCCUUACCACAUCCGGGGCCUCCUGCCUCCCGUGGGACUCUGUGAUCCUGAGAGGAAGGGGCUACAUGGCAUGGAAGUUCCACUUCCAGGCUCUGGGCGUGGGCAAACAUAAUUAUUGCCGGAACCCAGAUGGGGAUGCCAAGCCCUGGUGCCAUGUGCUGAAGGACCGCAAACCGACCCGGGAAUACUGUGAUCUGUCCCAGUGCUCCACCUGUGGCCUGCGCCAGUACCAGCGGCCGCAGUUCCGCAUCAAGGGAGGGCUCUACGCAGACAUCACCUCGCACCCAUGGCAGGCCGCCAUCUUCACCAGGAGCAAGAGGUCACAGGAAGACCAGUUUCGGUGUGGGGGCGUACUCAUCAGCUCCUGCUGGGUCCUGUCUGCUGCGCACUGCUUCCUGGACAGGUCUUUUCAGAAACUUUGGGUGGUCUUGGGCAGGACAUACCGGGUGGUCCCUGGAGAAGAGGAGCAGAAAUUUGAAGUUGAAAAAUAUAUCGUCCACAAGGACUUUGAUGAGGACACUUACGACAAUGACAUUGCCUUGGUGCGCCUGAAGUCGGAUUCACGGCACUGUGCCCAGGAGAGCAGCGCUGUGCGCACUGUCUGUCUCCCCGACGCCGACCUGCAGCUGCCCGACUGGACCGAGUGCGAGCUGUCCGGCUACGGCAGGCAUGAGGCAUCUUCUCCUUUCUAUUCUGAGCGCUUGAAGGAGGCUCACGUCAGACUGUACCCUCCCAGCCGCUGCACAUCAAAACAUCUGUCCAACAAAAUUGUUACUGACAAUAUGCUCUGUGCCGGAGACACGCGGAGUGGAGGAGAACAACCAAACCUGCAUGAUGCUUGCCAGGGUGACUCAGGAGGCCCCUUGGUGUGCAUGAAGGAUCAGCGCAUGACUCUGGUUGGCAUUAUCAGCUGGGGCAUUGGCUGUGGGCAGAAGGAUGUUCCUGGUGUGUACACCAAGGUCGCUAAUUACCUCUCAUGGAUUGAAGACAAUAUGCGACCAUGACCAAGAACACCCAGUUCCUGCACUCAGAGGAGAACCUGCUUUCCUCCUUUUCCAAAGACACUGCAACACCAACUGUUUCUCUGUGCCAGUUUCUCAUAAUCCACCAACUGUGGCAAGGAGGAGAAUCAGCAGAAGAGAAUGAAGUGUAACUUUUUGGGGGUAAGGUUUUAGGGACUGAAGUCUGACUUGAGAAUGUAUUAUGUCAGGUGAGAAGACAGGUCAAUAAAUGCUACCCUCUCUUGAGAUCCAGCAGGCAGAAAAGCCUGGCCUCAUCAUGGGUCAGGAGCACUGGAGCACUGGGACCUCAGAGGAAAGCGGGCCUCAAUAGUAAGAAGCGACCAGGUCCUGCAGGACAGGAGGACUGCCUUAGAACUAGAAUGUGUAUUUAUAGUUACAGGAGAGCUGACGAGGUCUGAGUGAGGGACGGGCUGGCUGGCCAGGUCACGCUCUCCAAGACCACCCUCAGAACUCAGUAUUAUCUUGCCCCUUCCCAUUCACUUUGUGCUCUGAAGAAGUAUUCCUUAUGUGUACAGUAGAAGUCUUUCUUUAUAGACUUUAUAGAAUGGGAGAAUUAUUUCAUCUUAAUAAUUGAUGAGCUAGGCUCCAGCAUAUUUAUAUCAAUCCAUUUUAAUUUUUACUUUCUAUUGUCACAACUUUGUAUUAUAUUAUCCUUAAUAAAUUCAGAUAUAUUUUUCACAGUGUUCUC